GAUGAUUGUCGUGUUUACAUAGAUCACACAUCUCUUAAGUCUCUAUUUAUUCAUUCUCAGCUAAUAGACGACGUCAGACAUUUACAGUCAUCAUCCCUCAUAUAUAUUCAGGUCGUACCCUCAUUUAUUAGUUCUUCUCUCAGACUUAUAAUAAAAAUAGUAAUUGUUAGCUAUUGACUCUUCACUGUUUUUCAACUAUAUAAGCACAAAUAUCACAUUUUUUUCAAUAAGUCAAACACUUACUACCACAACAACAACAAUCAGAAUGGCCGCUACUCGUUCAUCUCGCUCUGUCAACAGUUUUAAUCGCACAUCAAGCCCCACCUCCUCCACUUCGACGGUUUCGUCAAGAUCCGUUUCUCUCUCUCCUCGUUCUCCUUCUCGCUCUCUUCCUUGUUCUCCCUCUCGUUCACCUUCUCCUGCAGCGACAUUUAGCUCAGGAUACUCCAACCGUCCUGGCUCGCCCUCAUACGUUGAGGUGGCUAGUGGUGCAGCUUCUUCCCUUUGUAGACAGCCUUCGUCUGUCAGCAUCUCGGAGAAGUUCACUGCGUUGUCCUUGAGGAGGGUUUCCACCUCUGAAGACCGUGCUGGCAACACCCGUCAGCAACCCUUGGAUGAGGAUGUCGUAAUGACGGAAUCUUCUAAGGAAGGACAAAUGCCUGGUUCUGGUGACCGUGUCACUGAGCCUGUGGGUCAGAAUAGCCCAAACAAUAAGGGUUAUACGUCCAAGCUUGCUUCUUGGAAGGCAAUGUUUGUUAAGAUGUCGGACUUGGUAGAUCAACUUAUGCUGGAAAUGAUGGAGGAAGAUGACCCAGUUAAGAUUGAGCGACUUGACAAGAAGAUUGCGUCAUUGAGCAAGAAUCUUCGUCUUCUUGAGGAUCGUAUCACUUCAGCAGAGAAGCCUACGAGUGGAAAUGGUAACUUCGGUGCCAACACACCACAAUUAGCUUCGGCUAAGGUUGUUAAACCUGUGGUUCCUAUUGGGAGUAUUCCGCCAUUCAGGUUACUCCAUGAUGCUUCGUUUAACGCGAAAUACUUUGGCGCAAACAAGGUGCGCCCAGAGGAAGUCGACAAUGAUAAGACUUUCAAAACGAUCCACGACUUCUUACGUAAGUUUGAGUCUACGUUGCAGUAUUACAACAUCAAUUUGGAUGAAGAGUGGU